AUUGUCAGGAUUUUGUUCAAUGUAUAUGGACAUUGUAAAGAAGAAAAAAAUCAUUUAAGCAUUUUUUUAGAAAAGUUGCUAAUGAAAUUUAUUUUAAUCAACUUAAUUAUUUUUAAUCAUUUAUUAAUUUUCACUAAACACUAUUUUUAUUAUAAACGUUGCUGGGGCUUAAUUAGGUAUUUUAUUUAUAAUUUUGUGAUUUCUUUUUGGUCGAGCAUAUAUGUGAACUUGGUUGAAUCGAAGGUUGAGAAGUAGAAACAAAACAAAACAAUACAGGAGUCGCGAGCGAUAAUGGCUACUCUAGAAUGCGAACUCAAAUAAUUACUCUCUAUUUCAAUAGACUCUUGUUAUUGCGUGAAAACAUGAUUUCUAGUGGACUCAUCAAAAGCCCAAUAUUAUAACUUGCCAGCUUUGGAGAAAAAUUAGGCCUGAAAGCACCGAAGUCCAAUCUGCUAAAAGAGCGUGGAAUCAGCCAAGAAGAUGGCCUGAUUUAGUCCAUUAUGGACUAAAUCUAAGAGUUUCCAGAAUUCAAAAACAAUUCCUUCGCUGUUUCGCUCUCAGGUCCGAAUAAUCCAAUUUAAAAAUCUCCAUCUCAAUCGCUUCCAAACCUCGAAAACCCAUGCCCUUCUUUUUACGUUAUUCAAUCUCCAUGCACUUCUCAAUCAGUCUUCACGGGUUUGUUCUGUUUUCUAGCUAUUACUAUUUUUUCUGGCCAAUUUUGUCGCUUUGAUGUUCUUGGGUUUCGCUUACGCUCUAUUCUUGUUUCUCUUCACAUUUUCUUAGUUUAGAAAACCUUUCGUCCGGCUGUGCCAUGUUGUAAGUUUCCCAAUGAUCGUGAAGAACCAGAAUCCACCUCUGUUAGUGAAAACCAGUCUUCAGAUUAAUGGGGUAAUCAAAAUUCCAAAUGGUAUUCGUACGCAAGAAAAACAGGUUAAUUGGCAAGCAAUCCAUUUAGAACCUAGAGAUGUGGGUGACGGGUAGAAUCAAUUCUUCUUUUCUUCAUGUGGGUUACUCUUUCACCAUAGGUAUUCUAAUCUAGAAAAUCAUCUUCCAAUUUCACCUAAAAUAUCAUUUUCACUGUAAGCGUCAAAAUCACAAUUUUGAUUGUUAAUUCUUUAUUCUAUUCGGUCAAUAUCUGUUCAGUAUCAUAGUUAUAGCAUAUCAGAAUCAUUGCAGCUAAUGAAAGGCUUCAAGUAGAAUGUCCAUUUAAUGUGUUUUCCUUUUGCAAUUUCUCCAAUUUGUUGUGCUUAGAGGGAAUCAUGCAGCACAUAAUGCCAUGCAGACAACUUUUUUCCGGAAUAGCUUACAGUAUUUCUUGUUGCAGCAUGGUUUUGUCGAAAAAAGUUGUAUUAUCAACUUACAAUUCCAGUGCAGGAAUAUCUCUUGCGUUAUAUCAAGUAUGUCGGUUGUGAAACAGCCUUUUUCUAUCUGGUUGCUCUGAAAAGUAAGAAGUAUCGUAGUGUGAGUUUUAGAAUCAAUAUUUUUUUUCUCUUUUACAAGAUAGAAUCUAAGUACUAACUGUUCAGUAAUAGUUUUGUGUUAAAAGGUGAUCACAUCUGCCACUUGUUAGUUGAUUUUCUUUAAUUCUUGUGCAUGAGUAUACGGAUCUACUUGCUUCAAUUUUUGCUGCAGAAUUUGAUCUGCCGUCUGGUUGUUGCUAUUUUGGGUUUCUGUGGAUCUGCUCCAGCAGAAAAGCUUAAUUGGAGACUAAUAAAGGUCUGGAUCCUUGUCAAUGCAAUCUUUGUUGGCAUGCUUGUAUCAGGCAUGUAUAGAGAUGUGAUCAAAUUACCAAAUUUCUGCGCUGUUGCAACAGCCAGUGGAUUGCCUGGGCUUGCUAUUAGCUUCAUCUCUGUGGUUUUCAUAUCAAACUGGCCCCACAACUUACAGUCUGGUGCGUUCAUCGACAAGAUUCCUAUUUCAACAGCUGGUCUAGUUUUGUUAAAGUUUCCACUCAGUCUACCAAAUUUGUUCAGACAUAUCUCCUACUUGGGGCAUCUAAUUAAGAUUUGGGAAGUAAUAUGUUCUUAGAAAAUUUGCAAUCUUGAAUAAGCCCAAUGUCACCUUAUGACC